AUGUCGCCGAGCUCUCCCUUUCGCUGCGAGGCGGAGGAGAAAGCAACUUCGCUUGUCGCCAAAGCCUUGCGGAGGGGCGCCAAGUCUAAGGCAAAAGCGAAGCCGGCAGCGAGGCCGACGGAAGCGUUCGGAGUGCCGGCCGAGUGCGCCACCACCAGCGCACUUUGCAAAGACGAGCUGAAAGAGGACCUUGCGAACGCGAACCUCUCAGAGAUUGCCAGCUCCUUGCUGUGGCUGCGCCGGACUUUGCAGCGGGCCGCCGAACCGAAGCAAACCUCCCAGGACGGCGAGCAGAAGCCGGCGCAAGGACUGCGGGAAGUCUGUGUGGGCAAAACAGGCCCGCCAGCACGGACGGCCAAAGCCAAGACCAAAGUGCGGGCCAGGGCAACGAGGGCCGCUCCGAAGGCAAAAGCGAAGCGCAGAUUCCGCUUUGCUCGCCGGAGCAUGGGGGCGCCGUUCGGCCAAAGCAAGAGGCCUCGGGCGCAGGCGGUCAACCCGACCGACCCGGCGAAGCAUGCAAAGACCACGACUGCAGAGAUGGACUCGGAGAGUGCUACGCCCAACGUCUCGGAAGCGCAGAAGCUGCUGGGCGGCCCGUCGCUGGUGGCUCAAGAUUUGGCCGGGUGGGUUGCGCGGCAGGUGGGUUUGGACUCGAGCCACGUGGGCGGCGCCGUGCGCCUCUUCCAGGACGGCGCCACACUGCCCUUCAUCGCGCGGUACCGCAAGGAGCAGACGGGGGCCAUGGGCGAGGAGGCGCUGCGGCGGGUGGAGCGUGAGCUGGCGAGGGCCACGGACCUGGAGCGUCGCCGCGGCCGGGUGGCGGCGGCCUUACACCGCGGCCAAAACCUCACGCCCAGCCUGCAGGAGACUUUGCUGCAGGCCGAGACCAUGGAGGACAUCGAUGCUGUUUGGGCACCUUGCAAAGCCAAGAAGAGCUGCGCUCAGGGCAUGGGUGAGGAUCCAGGCAAGCCUUCAGUGCACGUGAACCCAGCACUGCAAAGCUUCGGCACGCGGUCGGAAUUGGAUGAGAUUUACACCAGCCUUCAGGGGUGUUCCGCCUUGGUGGACAUGUUGGUCAGCUUCGGGGAUGCCACCCCUCCAUUGGCCAGGUCUGAACCCUCCGCCCUGCACCGGCAAGCCGAGUCGGUGUGGACCAGCGCUUUGCUGCCUGGGCAGAAGGUCCUUCCCGCGGAGCAUGCAGCCUACGCGCUGGAGGGCCUCGCGGAGCAGUUCGGGCUGAAGGUGGAGCUCGAGGGCGCCCACCUGGAUGCCGUGAAGCAGCGCGCCUACUCCUUCGCCGGUGGUCACGAUGGCAUGACGCUGGAGCAAUUCGAGAAGCUGUGCGGGCUGCUUAGAAUGGUUGGCGUCUCCCUGUUAUGA